UCGUUUCUUUUCCCAGCUUCCUCAACCUUCGUUGCCCAUCUCGCCCCUCGUUGGAGAGAAACCAUGGCGAACGCAGCGUCGGGAAUGGCGGUGAGCGACGAGUGCAAGCUCAAGUUCUUGGAGCUGAAGGCCAAGAGGAACUUCCGGUUCAUCGUCUUCAAGAUCGACGAGAGGAUACAGCAGGUGAUGGUAGAUAAGCUCGGCCAGCCCGACGAGAGCUACGACGACUUCACCGCGUCCCUGCCGGCCGACGAAUGCCGCUACGCCGUCUUCGACUUCGACUUCGUCACCGACGAGAAUUGCCAGAAGAGCAAGAUCUUCUUCAUCGCUUGGUCACCCGAUGCCGCAAGGGUGAGGAGCAAGAUGCUGUAUGCAAGCUCCAAGGACAGGUUCAAGAGGGAGCUCGAUGGGAUCCAGGUGGAGCUGCAAGCAACAGACCCCAGUGAGAUGAGCAUCGACAUUGUCAAAGGCCGAGCUCUAUGA